GAACUCCUGAACGAGGGCUUCGAGACGACCCUCAAGGGAGGCGAUGGGAGCAGGAAGAUUGUUGAGGGUGCCAAGAACAACGUGGUCCUUGGACAGUAUGUGUACGGCGGGAUGAGUGGCGUCACCAAAGCAGUGGUCAAUCACACUGCCCUGACUCGCUACCUCAACAGCUUCGUCAGAACCCACAACCCUGCCACUUGGAGGGCGCUCAGCAUCUUCAAGGGCGGAGCGGUGAAGGUGCGCCACGACUACAACAACGAGGUUGGCACGCGAAACUACUUUGCCUCCUUCGGACAAGAGGAAGGAGGUGAGCUGUGGGUUCACGACCGCGACAUCAACGAGGAGGACGUCGCCAUGGAUGGAGAUGGCACGAUCCAGUGGCGGAGGACUGGGGCGAAGGAAUGGCUCCCCGGAAGGCUCAUGGACUCCCAAGAGAAGUUCGUGGAGUUCGACCCCCACGUCAAGCGCCACGUAAUGGCGACAAACGGAGACGCCUGGCAUUUGGUGGCGUAUACACACCGCGCGGAGCGCACGAUGUCUGGCAAAAAGCGGGAUGCUAACGGCGGAGGUGCUCGACCCUCCAAGAAGCAGCGGAACUACCUCACGAACACCAUCGGCAAGCUCAGCGUUCUCUUUGCCACCCUGGUGGCGGCGGCUAACUCCUUCAUCUGCGAGGCAGUGCAAAGCGAGGUGAUCAACGACCCGAUCGUCGUCCUGGAGCUUGGAGGAUUCGUUGCCACCUUAGAGGCAAGCGAGUUUGGCCGCGGGCAAGCAAACUCAAUCGUUGACGACCCCGACUACUACCAGCGCUACAACAACAACUAUGAGGGGGAGGACUGGACAGUGCUCGCCAGACCCGGCAACAAGUAUCUCGAGCUGCCCGGGAACCUCGAGAAGCCGCUGCGGAUCGAUGGCUCUGGAAUCGUCUUCGAGGAGGGCGUCCCCGGACAUGUGCGAUCUGCGCUUAAGAGGCUCCACCAGAACCUUGGACACCCGAGGACUCCCGACCUCGUGCGUCAUCUCCGACUUUCUGGAUGCGAGUCGGCUGUGAUAAAAGCCACAAAAGGGAUGAAGUGCCAGGUCUGCGACUCCGCUCGGGAUCCACAGGUGGCACGUCCUUCUACGAUGCCACGGAUGCUUACCUUUGAGGAGAUUGUGGCUGCCGACAUCCUCUACGCCCACGACUGCAACGACAAACGGCAUGUUUUCCUUUCGCUGGUUGAUGUUGGCGCAACGUACCGCGUUGUGAUCAAGCUCCGGAACACCAGCGGCAAGGAGGUCGAGCAGGCCUUCAACACCCACUGGGUAACGCCGUUUGGCGCGCCCCAUGCCGUCUCUCUAGAUCUCGAGACAGGCUUGCAAGACGGCUUUUCACGGUUAUGCAGCUGGCGUAACGUGAAAAUCCGCAACUCAGCGACCCAAGCUCACUUCCAAUCGGGGGUGGGGGAAAGACAGGUUAAGUGGUGGAAACAUAUAUGGGCCCGCGUGUGCAAGGAGCUCUCGAUUGAGGCCGACGAGGCGCAGUUGGCAGCGACUUUGGUGAGUGGGGCGAAAAACAGCCUUAGAAGGCGCUGUGGCCACUCGCCAUCUGCGUGGAUAUUUGGCCGUGAAGGCCGCGCCAUCGAGGAUGUUCUUGAUCCUGAUAGCGGUGGCCGCGUGACCUUUGACAUCUCCGAUGAUGCCCGCUUUCAGAGACAGGCGGCCAUAAGGGCCAGCGCUCGCAUCGCUUUUCAUAAAUCAGAAAACGAUGCGAAACUUCGCAAAGCUUUGCUUCAGCGCGCAAGAGCCGUGACAAGGCCCUUUGAGAACUGCAGGCUGACUGCACCGGAACACCUUCGACCGUCUGGCCCUGACGAAACAGGGGAAUUUCUGGCAAUGAAUGGUGUCAAAAGGGAGUUGGAGCAACUCCUCCAGACCGACUUCGAUGAUGACGAGGCCUAUCGCAGCGAGGAAGGCGACGAGGCCAACGGCAUCGACGACAUCGGCUCGCUCUACUCUCCUUCUGUCAACCCCGCUGAGGAUGAAGAGAUGAUCGAGGAGCACCACGGCGACGAGGAGGAACCCCUGAAGGGCGACCACGACGAGGAGGGCGAUGUCGUCUUCGAGCCGACCUACGACGACGCCGCCGGCAACAACCAGAACCUCACCGACACCCGGGAGGACGAGAAGCGCGGGUGGCCAUUGUCUCGGAUGAAGAGAAAGACGCCGCCAGAGGACGUCGACUGGAAAGGGCCAGAUAGCUUUCUCUCCUAUAGUGUGAUGAUGAUGAGGCGCCAUCUGACCAGAUGGGGCCUAGAGAAGAGGCAGGAGAAGGAGAAGCAAUGGAACGAGCAUUUGCACUUCGAUGCCCUGGAGCCCCUCGAUGACGCGGCCACAGAGCACGUCAAGAACACCAUUCCGAAGGAGAGAGUGUUGCGCUCUCGAUGGGCGUACAAAAAAUUGGUCGAAGAGGAGGUUGGUCCGGGCAGGUUGGUUACAGACGCCCCGACGCUUUCGAGGCCUGGACUGCUCUGUUUGCUACAACUCCUGGCGAACGGGCUCAAGCAACCUGAUCCUUGGCGAGUCUCGGCUGGAGAUAUCCAAUGUGCCUUCUUGACGGGGAUGAGACCAGGACAACUGGUCCGAGUGAAGAAGAAUAUCUUCGGGUUGGCCACGAGCCCUCGCGAGUGGUGGCUUGACCUUCAGGAAGGGAUCGGCAAGAUCAGCGUCGACAUCGACGAGAAGUGCUAUCGCUUCGAGCAAUGCCCGUUGGACCCCUGCAUCUUCGUCCUCAGACAGUGCCAGGACGGGAAGUUCACCGGCGUCCUAUAUGUCGGGACGCAUGUCGACGACCUUCUGGUGAUCGCCAGCACUUCGGUCUCGAAGCUCAUAGAAGAUGCCCUUGGACAAGCCUUCCCCGUAGGAGAGUGGGAGAGCGAGCUCUUCAGCUACUUGGGGUCGGAGAUCUACUUCGGCGAUGACGAGGUCGUGCUGUCCCAGCAAGCUUAUGCUGAGAGCGGACUGUUCUCUUUGGACAUACCACGAGGAGUCGACGACAACGACUGCGCCGGCCCCGACCUCAUCGCCGACAACCGCAGCUUGGUGGGCGCGCUCUCCUGGUUGUCAGCACAAUCCAGGCCAGACCUCACUUGUUCCGUGAGCAUGGCGCAGCAGGUCCAGAAGCAACCGACUUUCGCCGACCUGAAGUUCACCAACCUCGUCUCCAAGAAGGCCUACGACCAUCGAGAAGAGGGGCUCAGGUUCAAGCCCAUCCCCUCGAGCGAGCUCAUCGUCAUCAUCUAUCACGAUGCGGGGUGGGCCAAUGCUCGGGACACCGAGCGCGAGGAGCCAGGCUUCGAACUCACUGCGGAGGACAAGUUGGCCGGACUGCAACAGGAGGGCCCCUUCGUUACAAGGGAUGCGAGAAAGGCAAGACGACAGAAUUCAAAAGUCGCCUCGCAGCUCGGGGAGUUGAUCGUCUUCGCUGAGAAGGGGUGCGUCAUUGGAAAAGGGGGGAACUUCAGUGUCCUGGACUGGAAGUCUAAGGCCGGGCAGAGGGUGUGCCGAAGCACGUUCUCGGCUGAGACGCAAGCCUGCGUUGAAGGAGUGGAGGCCGGACAACAUGUUCGAGCACUUUUUGAGACGUUGGCAGGCGGGGAGCUCGUGCGGGUCGAGAGCAGCCGGAUACCUCUCCUUUGCCUGAGCGACUGUAGAUCCCUUUAUGAUCAUGUCCACAAGCAAGGAAUGCCGAGGAUUCCGUCAGACCGUAGGCUUGCAGUAGACCUAGCGGCGUUGCGACAAGCUCUGAAGUCAGAGCAGUGGAGUAGCAAGCUUCCCCUGGCAUGGUUGGCUAGCGCGUAUCAGCUGGCAGAUGUGCUCACAAAACCCCAGGAUCCCGCCAAGUGGUGGCAGUUUUUCAGGAGCAAAUUGCUCGUGCCGAUAGAUCUUAGCGGAGAGGCUGCAGCCAGCAUAAAGCUGGAAGAGCAGGGGAAGACCAGUGUGAAGCAUAAAGGUGAUUUUGAGAAGAUCCCUUCAGCUUACGAGUUCCUGAUAGAGAGUGCUGGUCUUCCCCAAGCCUAA